AAAACAAGAGAUGAUCAGAUGUCAAAGCAGAGAUCUGCACGUCUUCUUCUUCUUCUUCCUCCUCAUCUUUAUUGCUAAAUCUGUAAGACUAAGGAUGGAGAACAAACCGAGCAUAUUAACUGAAAAAUACGAUGUUGGGAGAUUACUAGGACAAGGCAACUUCGCAAAGGUCUUUUACGGAAGGAGCGUUCAUACGAACGAGAGUGUAGCCAUCAAGAUGAUCGACAAGGAGAAACUCAAAAAGGUAGGACACAGCGAGCAGAUCAAGAGAGAGAUCUCCGUGAUGAGUCUCGCCAAACACCCGAACAUCGUGAACCUACACGAGGUCAUGGCCACGAAGUCCAAGAUCUACCUCGUCCUAGAGUACUGCAAAGGCGGAGAGCUUUUCAAGAAGAUGCUCAAAGGCAAACUCGACGAGGACGUCGCUUGGAAGUACUUCCAUCAGCUCAUCGACGCGGUUGACUUUUGCCACAGCCGAGGAGUGUAUCACCGCGACAUCAAGCCUGAGAACCUGUUGCUUGACGAGCACGACAACCUCAAGGUUUCUGAUUUCGGUUUGAGCGCGCUCGCGGAGAGCAGGCGAACAGACGGUCUGCUUCACACCGCUUGUGGCUCCCACGCCUACGCUUGUCCUGAGAUUGUCAACCGUAAAGGGUACGAUGGGACUAAAGCGGAUGUAUGGUCUUGUGGGGUUGUCUUGUUCGUGCUUUUGACUGGUUACCUCCCUUUCUAUGCUUCCAACCUGAUGGAAAUGUAUAGGAAGAUUGGUAAAGCGCAGUUCAAGUGUCCUCGCGAGUUCCCACCUGAAGCGAAGAGGCUGUUGACUAAGAUGCUGGAUCCUAACCCUGAGAGUAGAAUCACCAUUUCGAGAAUCAAGGAGAGUUCGUGGUUCAAGAAAGGUUUACCGAUGAAGCAGAAAAGGAUAGAGAAGCAAGUGGAAGCUGCCGGUCCGAGCGAGCCGACGCGGAUUGCGAGCAUGAACGCUUUUGAUAUCAUCGCCUUGUCUUCGGGGUUUGCUCUGGGAGGACUGUUCGGAGAAGUGUGCAGCAAGAAAGAGUCUAAGUUCACAUCUAGAAAGCCUGCUUCGGAGAUCAUUCGGAAGCUGGAGGAAGCAGCGAGAGGGUUGAGCCUGAAGAUAAGGAAGCAAGAGGCGGGGCUGUUCAAGAUGGAAGGAGCGAAGGAAGGAAGGAAAGGGAGGCUGUCGAUAGAUGCGGAGAUAUUCGAAGUGACGGAGACGUUUCACUUGGUUGAAGUGAAGAAGUGUAAUGGGGAUACGAUGGAGUAUCAGAGGAUGGUGGAGGAAGAUCUUAGGCCUGCUUUGGCUGAUAUUGUGUGGGUUUGGCAAGGGGAGAACGAGCAUGUACUGCGUGGUUUGCAGGAGGGACAAGAACCGGCACUGUAGUAGCGAGUUCAAAAAAAAAAACAGAAAGCAUUUGAGAUCAACAAAAAGAGCCAUUUUUCUUACCUUUUUUAUUUAUUUUAACAUAGCUUGCAUUCAUUGUAGAGAUAACUGAUUGUUGUAACCCUUUUUUUACAUUUUGUGUUUUUUUUUUGCUUCA